GUGGGCUGACGCCGGGCCGGGCGGGGCGGCUGCCGGCCCCGCACUCCGCUCGCCAUGCGCCGGGCGCUGCCGCCGCUCCGCGCCCUGCUCGGGGCCGCCCGCCCGCCGCGGCUCCCGGAGCGCCGGGGGACGUGCGGCCCCUCGGCCGGGCACAGCGCGGUGAGCGGGGCCGGGGCCCGGGGCGGCCCCUCGGCCGGGCACAGCGCGCUCAGCGUGCUGCCGUCCUUUGGAUUCCUCUUUGACAUUGAUGGGGUGCUGGUGCGAGGCAGGACCCCCAUCCCUGCUGCCAGAACAGCCUUUCGCAAGCUGGUCAACCCUCAGGGACAGUUCCUGGUGCCCGUGGUCUUUGUCACCAACGCUGGGAACUGCCUGCGCCAGGAAAAGGCUGACCAGCUGUCUCACCUGCUGGGGGUUCCAAUUUCCCAAGAUCAAGUGAUGAUGUCACACAGUCCUCUGCGGAUGUUCAAGCCUUAUCAUGAAAAAUGUGUCCUGGUAUCUGGACAAGGACCCCUUCUUGAUAUUGCUCAAGACCUUGGCUUCUGCCAGCCCAUCACCAUUGACGCCCUGCGGGAGAAACGCCCUCUGCUCGAUGCAGUUGACCAUGACAGGAGACCCAAUGUCCUGUCCCCAUCUGCUGUGGAGCUUCCCAAGAUUGAGGCUGUGGUGCUGUUUGGGGAGCCAGUCAGAUGGGAAACCAGCCUGCAGCUGAUAAUUGAUGUUUUGCUGACCAGUGGCUAUCCUGGAAAUCCCUAUGGGCAGGAAAGCUACCCUCACAUUCCCGUGCUGGCCUGUAACAUGGACCUGAUGUGGGUGGCUGAGGCACAGUCCCCAAGGUUUGGGCAUGGAACGUUCAUGGUUUGUCUGGAAAACAUUUACAAGAAGAUCACUGGCAAAGACCUGAAGUACGAGGCGCUGAUGGGCAAACCCAGCAGGCUGACGUACCAGUACGCAGAGCACCUGAUCCGGGCCCAGGCCCUGCAGAGGAGCUGGGAGCAGCCCAUCCAAACCCUCUAUGCUGUGGGGGACAACGUGAUGACGGAUGUGUACGGAGCUAACCUGUUCAACCGCUACCUGCAGGAGAGCUCCCGGCCCGGCUCCAGAGCCCGCCUCCAGGCCCAGGCUGCUGCGGGCAGAGCCCCUGCCCUGCUCUCCCGGCACCACCAGCCUGGCCUCAGCUGGGAGAAGGAGCUGGCGCCCGCAGCUGCUGCCCGCUGCAGGUCUGUGCUGGUCUGCACCGGGGUGUACGACCCCCACUGCCAGGUGGCCCUGCCCAGCAGGGACAGCAUCACGGAGCACGUGUUCCACGGGCACAGGGAUUUCAGCUUCGACCCUGCCUUGGUGGAGCCAGACCACAUUGUGCCAGAUGUGGAUGCUGCUGUAGACCUGGUCUUCCAGCUGGAGAACUUUGCACCUCAUUGAGGGGACAGAAUUUCUUAAGGACCACUCAGUGCUGUGCUCUUCUUGCCCAAAACACACUGUGCUUUACAAGAGUGCCACAAACUGCUGCCUUCUAAAUUUUUUUUAACCUCUCAAUUAAUAAAAUCUUCUAUUAGGUAUGCUUAUUAGUAGUACAUGUAGGUACAUGAGCGUGUUUAAUUGUAUUACAUGUCAAUAAUGCUUUUUAUAGUGCUCCUAAAUGUGUAAUUUAUAGCUGGAGUUGCCCUUUAUUGUCUUCCUCUUUGUUAUGUUAGGGACUUGAAUAGCAAUAUUUCAUAGUAGCCUAUUCAGGUACUGGUACUUAAAUCCCUCCACGACAGCACCUCCUUUUGUUUGCUGGAAGAUUCAGCUUUUAGGUGUUGAGGAUCUUGAGGAUACCAGAUUGUGGUGCUGGGGUCACUCAGUCCAUUCCACGUGGGCUGGUACAGAGCACAACAUGUAUUAAUGCCUGGCAUUCUGCAAGUACUGAAUGCUCCCUUCAAUCAGAGUGGAGUUCAAUCUGUUCCACUUUGGACUUGCUCUCAUCUGACCUGCUGCUGCCUUUCCUUGUGUCUGUUUUCCCAUGUUCCUGGAGUUUUAUUGCUCCUCUCUGCUGUGUGAAGCCUUAAUUGUGUUGGAACUCCAUAGUCCUGGAAGGGAAGCAGCAGACCUGAGUGCCCUCUGUGGCCUUUUUGCUCUUUGCCUUUCUAUAUCCUCUCCUCUCCUCUCCUCUCCUCUCCUCUCCUCUCCUCUCCUCUCCCUCUUCUCCUUUCUUUCUUUUCCUUUUUUUUGGGAAUUUAGAACCUUAGAAAGCUUUAGCAGUUUUGUUUCACGUGUUUCUUUGAGUUGGGACUUUACACUGAAUCAGUGACUACUGCUCAGCCAAAAAGUGCCUCCUAAUUUACUUGAAGCCUCAUACCACUGUGGUAAUUAACUGGCCUUUAGUGUAAUAUAUUUCAUCUCAUGUCAAUGUUAUAUGUUGUUUGGUUCAUGGAUUUUAUAGCUGUUAGUUUAAAAAGAAAAAGUAAUUUAUUUUUUGUUAUUGUUGUAAAGUACUUCCAAAGUUUUCAUCCCAAAGAUGCCUUUGAAAAUAUUUCUGUGUUAUUUGUUAUAACACAUAAGCUUGUGACAUAAGCUUGGAAAACAUAACCCAAUUAAUUGUUUUAAAACCAAAGUCAACUGACACACAAAGAUCAAUUCACAUUAGGCAAUAGUCGGGUUUUUAAGAUUUUUUUUUUUAUUUUAUUUUUUUCAAAUUAGAAAUUAUACAAACAAAACCUGGGUGUUCAUUUCUCCCAGGUUCCUGCAGGGCUGUCAGAAUGACUUCCUGGCCAAAUCCCUCCCUGCUCCUUAUCCCAACUGCAAUUCUGAGAGCUCACAGCUGCUGUGCAGUCAGAUUUUGUUGCUGUGUUUCCUCUGUUUGCAGAGCACUGUAAUCCCCUCUCCCCUGUCAGGACUGUUGAUUCAUCUCUUGUAAUGUUCCCUAAGUAGCUUUCAGUGUCUCACUGCAUGCAGUGUAAGGACACUGCUCUAGACAGUUCAUUUCCUGCUUCUUCACUGGAAAAUACUUACAGCAGCACAUUCUUGCCUUUUUAUUGGUACAAUGAACUGAUCUCCACCUGUUUCUUUGGCACUUUCCUGUCAUAUACCAAGUAUUUGCAAAGAACGCCAAAUCUAAGUAAAGAUUGUAAUUCUGUAAGGUGAGGAUGAUUUAAAGUCACAUUGUUUCAGUAGUAAAGCAUGUUGCAAAACUCUUAAACUUUACCAGAAUUGGUGCAGCAAGGAAUAAAAAUGUUGGAAGUUGCUGAAGAACAGAAAAUGUUCCAUUUGUUUCUCCUUUUUUUUUCCUCUACAAUGUGGACAAACACUUCAAAAGGUUCAUGAAGAAAGUGUACAUGGACCUCUUAAAUCUCAUCCCUCAUGGAAAUAUUAACAUAAAAUGUGUUUGUAGAAAAGGAAGAAAGUCCCUUUUUUCUCUGUCACAUCAUCAGUAAAAUCUAAAACCCUCCAAACCUCAGGGUAUUCCAGAUUCUCCAGCUCCAUGGAUUGACCUCCAGCUUGGUGAGUGGCAGACUCUGAAAAAGCCAAAAUGCUGAAAAAACAGCAGAUGAAGGAAAUAAAGGAAAUUAGCAAUAGUGACCGGGAUAACACCACACGCAAAAGGCAGUUACCAAAAGAGGUGGAAAUCUCUUCCCAUCAGUGUAAAGGGGAGAAGCUGGGAUUACAGGAGUUUCUCUGAAACUCAGUGGUGUGCUUGUAUGCUCUGUAACUUGAACAGAAAUGGGGACUAACAGAUAUCACAGCACAUCCCACGCAGUCUCUGUUAAAACUCUUCUGUCUGGACAAGGAUGAACUCUGGGGUGAUGAAAUAUAUCCUGCUUUCAACAUUGGCAGAAACAAGCUGCACACUUAAAAGUUUCAGGAAAGUGUUUCUGUGGUCACUUCUGUGAGUAAAACAGAUGAGUGCAUAUUCCAAAUAGCACAGGUGGGCUUACUUUGUGUAAAGAUUGCUUUAAUUUGUCUCAUUCAGACCACCCGGGACUCAGCAGAUCUUAAUUAAAACUCCUCCUCCUUGCACUGUGUUUGUUUUGUAUGCCAAGCUCAGAAUGCAGCACUGGGAUCAUGCUAAACAUGCCUUACAGUUUAACACCCAGCAGGUGAUUUCUUUGUUUAUUGGUUUGUUUACUGACCUUUUCCUGAAGCAGUACCUGGUGUACAGGUAAGAAUCUCAGAAUCUGAUUUUCAAUAGGAUUUGGGAUCGGUGUCUUGUUUUAUGGAAUUGUAUCUGGGAAAAUGCUUUUUGCUAGUUUAACAGCUAACUGCCUGCCCACAGAUGUGGAGGAAAAAUAUUCAGUGAACUUAAACUAUAAAAAAUACAGGUAUUUAUUUUGCAGGUACAAACUACAUAAUGAAAGGUCAGUUCACCACAGCCAAUGAAAAAUGGUUGUAGUGUGUGUAGAUCUCUUGUAUCCAAACUAUUUCACAUUCUUGGAGAAUUCCAGAGAGAGUUCCCAGAAAUGGGAAAUCAUUUCUGGGAAUCACAUGCACUUAUAACAAGCCAUUAAAAGGGAAAAGUUGGGGUUUUUGCCCACACAGAUUUAGAAACUCCAGUUUAAUGUGCAGAAGAUGAGCAAACCCGGCUCAAUCCCUCCCAGGAGCAGAUGCUGCUCAUGGCACCUGCACUAUUUCCCUCUCACACCGAUUCUCUCCAGCACACAGCCCAGGGCACUCACAGCCACAGUGCUCCACUAGUGAAACUGCGUCCUUAAAGAGAAUUAAGUGACAAACCCAGCUGCACCCAGCACUCUGAGGAGCCAGCCCUAGAGCCUGGCCAUUGCACUGGCAGCUCCUCCUUUGGCACCUGAGGCUGCUACUGAAGCAGCAGACAAUGCAAACCAAGAAAUUCAGCAUUUGGCUCCUGCCAACUCCCAUCUGCUGACGUUCAAAUUAAAGAGCCAGGCAAAGAGAAAGGGGUGUUGCUUUGUUUAAUUUACAGCACUUCAGUCAAAUCCAGGAUCUAAACAUUCCCCUGGGGAGGUACAGCUGUAACUACAUUGUUCACACUUAAUUGCGAGCGCUGCAAAAGUUAUCUGCACUUCUCCAACACUGAGCACUCUGGGUUUCAUCCUUCAUCUUCCAGACAGCUCUGCUGGAGAGUUUGCCAAGUGGGAACAAUUGGAAGUGCAUGCAUUUCUGGAAGUGAUGGACAUUUGGGAGGAUAAGAGGAAGUUAGUUCAGCACCAUUUCUUUAAUGAAGAGUACAUUAGGUCAUAUCUUGUGUCAAAGUAGACCAUACAUCACUGCAGGAUAGAAUACAUAACUUCUUAAAAUUGAUUUUGUUUCUGAUCAUAGACCAUGACAAGGUACAUGCAUAAAAUAACAACAAAAGGGAUUAAUUGCCAAAUGUUUACUUUAAUUAAACCUUUUUUAAUGAUACACAGUACAAUGUAUCCACUACGUUGCUAAAAUUCACAACAAAAGCAGGUUUCAUGUUUAAAAAGACUUCUCAUAACAAAUUCAUAAAUAGAUGAAGGUAAAGUAUAAAAAAUUACUGUAGUAUGCAAGCUUGCUCCCUUGUCUCCUCAUAUUCCAAAUCAUUUAGUCAGUAUUGAGAUAAGAAAGUUUAAAAGCAAAAUAGUUACUGAUGAUUAGAAAUGUACAGCCUGCAUCUCUCGAAGAAACCUUGAAAAGCAACAGAUUUGUCCUAGAAAAUGCAGAACCAUUUUAACACUGUUAUCACCCAAACCCCUCAAACAAUUUUGGAAUGCAGUGAAUGAAUUCAAUAUGAAUUAGAGAUUUUUUCCUUCCCCCCCAGAGGUGUGUGUGAGCCAGACUGGCUGGGAUGCUCCCUUUGCUGGAGUUGUGGGGUUUUUACCUGUCAGAUCUCAGCGAGUGAGGCACAGGAGAGGGAAAAUCUGGCUGACAGCACAGAGCACAUCUGCCUAUCAGAAAUCUGAAACAGAAAUCUUUAAAAACAGUUACAAAGAACUAAAUUCACCUUCUGCUCAGUACCAGCCUGUAUCUAUCUCUUUUCUGUCUGGCAGGCAGGACAGAGUCUGGUGUCCCCCCUGGCUUCCCCUGCUUGGGAACGGUUUUUGUGUCUCACAUCAUUCCACCACAACUCUGUGGGGAAUCCCUGACCCUGCACCACCAAACCCUAUCAGCAAAGUUAUUCUCCUCAUCAAUAUUAUCACUCUCCUAAGAAAGCAUUUAUUUUGUCAAGUAUCAAACUACUUUUCACACUUUAUCUAUUUUAAUAUCAUUUAUAAAGGGGAAAAAUCUUAUUUAUGCACAGCAUUGAACUAGGAAAUGAACAUGAAAAAUGCAGAAUAAUCAAGAUGCUCUGCCUUUCACAUUAAUGAUUUCUUUUUCUCUGAUAAUUAUUUCCCUUUAGUGCAAAACCACUUCCACACAAGUUUUGUGCUUUAUUUGCAAAGGUACCGAGAUGCUUUUGAAGACAUUGGGAGGGAUCUGUCUGCAGCUUUCCUGCCUGUGUAAAUUCAGCUCCUGGCUCACUUUUAAAAAAUGUCUUCAAGUUUUCAGGACAAGUUUGCAUGCCAUGUCCAAAGGACAAUCUCCCAAACCCUUGCUUUCCCAUAUGACAAUCCAGGCACCCAAAAGGAGCAAGAGCUCCACUUUUGGUGGAGUUCUUGAAAAUCCACCAGUAUUAGCUAACAGGAGAGCUAUUAGUGGUUUUAGCUGGGCUUCAUUUGGAUUUUUCCCCCUGAAAUACCUGCUUGCCAGUACAGUGAGAGUAAGAAAAUCACCCGGACUUUCCCUCUGCUCUUAAGUAUUCUCAUUUUUCUCAAAUUUUGUUUUGCAAAGCAAACAUUAGCAGGUUUCUGGGCCGACAUUUAUUUGGUUUUAUAUUUACGUAAUUAUAAACAUUUGUAGGGGUUCCAUCCAUGAUGAUGAACUGGAUGAGAAACUGGAGAUAAAAUUAGCUUAAAAUCAAUACGAAGGGUAACAAAGGCUCCUGGGAACCACAUUCUGCUGAUGAUUUCAUUUCAGUAUCUGCCUCUGCAUUCCACUCCCAAGUGCUACAAGGCAGAGAUCAAUGUCCCCUCCUGUGCUUUUGUAAUAUUUCUGCACACUCUGGUACUGCCAGAAAGAAAUGAUAACUACUAAUGCAGAUACAUGAUCAGCCAAGGGGAUCUGCUUAAAAGCAAUUACUGCACCAUAGCCUUGUUAAUGUUCAACUGGCAGUAAACGGAUUUCUUGGCAAAUGUUUAUGCUGUGAACUCUGAACGAGCACUACUGAAUUAUUCACUGGAUGUACAUCAGUGCCCAUUUAUACCCUGAGAGGUGAAACUCAGGUUUUUACCCGUAAAUCACAGGUUUAUUGCUCCUCACUCUCUCCACCCAGGCAGCCUUUUGGUUUCAAUAGGAUUAAUGGAGUUAAACCAACCUAAUUCCUAAAGCCCGAAUUCCAUAGGUGUGUGAGAGUCCCAGGUUUGAUAAAGCCUUCAGCAGAGCAGUGAAGAGCUCCACAUUUACUGUUUAUUUCUGGUCAAGGAGCUCCCAGCCUAGUGGGCAGUGAACAAAGGAAGGGUUUGGUAAUCAAAAUAAACUUUAACUACUGACAGCCCAAGCACAACCAGCUGCUAACCUAAAAAAAUUAACCAGGCCUUCAGGUUUCUUCUGAAAAAAAAAA